AGCUGGCCCUCCCUCUGACACCCCUCUCCCCUGUAGUCCGCUCCACCAGAGUCCUUCAGUCCUGGUCAGAGAGGGAACAAGCACAGGUUGCACUGAUCCAGACUGACCCCACUUACCUCUGUUAAAGGAUACUGACACAACCUGACACAUCGCAGACAGCAUGUCUCAGCAUACUCUGAUGUCAACACAGGAGAGGAAAAUGCAGGCUGCUGCUAUUUGUAGAGAGAUCCAUGCCACUGAUGAAGCAGAGAUGGAUCUAGGAAGGAAAGUUAGCGCACCAAAGGAAAUCAUGUUGGAGGAACUUUCCUUAGCAUCAAACAGGGGCUCCCGUCUCUUUAAGAUGCGUCAGAAGCGCUCAGAGAAAUACACCUUUGAAAGUAUUCAGAAUGAAGCCAACACACAGCACAGCAUUGAUGCCAUUUCUCUGGGCCCAAGUGCUGAAAUGACAAACAUUAUGACAACAAAUCAUGAAAAUUGUCUUGAAGUUGACCAGGCACACAAUACACUCAACCCUGAGACUAUUGCCCCAGGCUAUGGUGGUCCCUUGAAGGAUGUUCCAGCAGAGAAGUUCAACUGUACAGCAAUGCCCAAAUCCUACCAGUCCCCCUGGGAGCAGGCCCUCGUCAGUGACCCCUCUCUGGCCGAAACGCUGGUCGCCCGCAUGCCUGAACCUGACACCAGACAUGAGAUACCUCAAUACAAGAGCUUUAACAGGGUGGCUAUUCCAUUUGGUGGCUUCGGCAAGGCACCCAAAGCCCCUGUUAAAGCUCUUGAUGUGGAACCCGGCCACGCCAUUCCAAGUCCCAUGGCCAGAGCACCUGCCGGGGUCAAACGGCCCACCUUUAACAGAACCGCCUCAGGCUGGGUUGGUGACAGUGCUCCUCUGAUACUUCCCAGCAUCUCCCUUGAGCCCAUAUCAUCCAUGUCUUCCACAUUUAUCCCAGAGUCAGACGACCUCUGAGCAUUAUCCUUGUUUUUGUGAACUUCAUUAUCACUGGAAUACACACUACCGGUAAAAAGUUUGGAAAAAGUAUUAAUCUAUUAUUAAUGUUUUUGAAAGAAGUCUUUUAUGCCCACCAAGCCAAUAUUUUUUUUUUUUUUUU